AUGCACGAGAACGAAGAAUUACAAGCAUUAGCUUACGAGCUUAGAUGUGCACUUCACCAAUACCCAAACUUUCCUACCGAAGGUAUUUUAUUCGAAGAUUUCUUACCUCUUUUCAGAUCUCCACAACUUUUCAACAAGCUCAUUGUUGCAUUCAAGUUGUACAUUGAGGAAAACUUUGACCAAACUAUUGAUUAUAUCGUUGGCUUAGAAUCUAGAGGUUUUUUGUUUGGCCCAACAUUAGCAUUGGCACUCGAUGCUGGUUUCGUUCCAAUUAGAAAAGCUGGUAAAUUACCAGGUGAGGUGUACAAGGUCGCAUACACCAAAGAAUAUGGUCAAGAUUUCUUCGAAAUUCAACAGGACUCAUUCCCUGAAGGUGCCAAUGUUUUGAUCGUUGAUGAUAUUUUAGCUACUGGUGGUUCUGCACAUGCUGCAGGUGAACUUGUCCAGAAAUGUAAAGCUAACAUUUUAGGUUUCUGUUUUGUUAUGGAGUUAGACUUUUUGAAAGGUAAAGAUAGAUUACAAGCACCUACUUUCACUCUAUUGCAAGGCCAACCAGAGUCUCUCAAGGAAGCCAGCCAUUAG